UCCAUUACAACGCGUUUCGUUGCUUAUUAUCAUUUCCAUUAUCUUCUUAAAUGCAUGAACCGCAUCCAUAAUCCUUAUUCUACAUAAUAUUGUUUUCGCGCAUUCAGCCAUUAAUGUAAACAACAAACUAAAUCAUACAAAAAAAAACAUAGUUUUUCCGUUUCCAUGUGCGUGUGUGAAACAUUUUAAAUAAAAACUACCUUAUUCAGUGUAUCGUGCCCAUGUACGAUGUACUGUAAUUUUACUAUUAUUGUUCCUACAAAACAACGUUAAAUUCGUGUUUUAGUUUAUCUUAUAAGGUAUCUUCUAAUCUCGAUAUCAUGAGUUUGUCUAACCCAGACAAUUUGAUGGAGUGUCAGUCAAGUACACCUGACAAUUUGCCCGAGGGUCCAUCUAGUUCACCUGAUAAUUUGCCUGAAUCUCCGUCUAGUACACCUGACAAUUUGCCUGAGGAUCAGUCAAGUUUACCUAAAGAUGUACCUGAGGGUCAGUCAAGUUUACCUGAACACUUACCUGAGGGUCAGUCAUGUUCACCUGAAGACUUGCCCGAGAGCCAGUCAUGUUUAACUAAAGAUCUAUCCGAGGGUAAUUUAUGUUCACCUAAAGAUCUGCCAGAGGGACAGUCAAGUUCACCUGUAGACUUGCCCAAGGGUCAGUCAUGUUCACCUAUAGAUCUACCCGAGGGUAAGUCAUGUUCACCUAAAAAUUUGCCAGGUCAGUCAACCUCACCUUACAAUUUGCCUGAGGAUCAGUCAAGUAAACCAGACGAUUUGCUUGAGGAAAAAAUAUUUGAUUGGAAUAAAUAUCUUACUGUAAGAAAUGCAGAAAAGGUUCCUGAAGAUUUUUUUUACCAUGUUUGUAAGAGUGAAAUGAAUGGAAUAGAAAUUGGCWCAGUGGUCGAAAUUGAAAAUGAAGAUCAAAAUGGAUAUUGGUUUGCUACUGUAUGUUCAUCAAAGGGCGUUUUARUGAAAUUGCAUUAUUUUGGUGAUGACAAUGAUCAACAUAGCUUUUGGUUGGAAGUAAAGUCACCACGCAUUCAUUCUUUAAACUGGGGAAGYGAAAAUAAUAAAAAACUGAUACCUCCUUAUCCUGAAAGAUUUUCACGUUACAAACCAAAAGUUAUUAGAGAAAAAGUUCAAGAUUGUGAGCAUGUUAUAUCAGAUGCWGUAUUACAAAUGGGAGGUGCUCCGAUUCAUAAUAUAUUCAAGUGUGACAUGUUUGUAGAAGUUCAAGAUAAAGAAUACCCUUAUCGUGUUUGGAUUUCAAAAGUGCUUAAAAAUGUGGGAGGAAGGUUAUUUUUACAAAUGCAAGGAAUAAAUAGUCCUGAAGAGAAACCAUUUUGGUUGUUUUAUUUAAAUGAACGCGUUUUUCCAUUAGGUUGGGCUGAACAGAAAGGACUUCCGUGGAGAGUUAUGAAUUUAGAUGCUAGUUUAGAAAAUUCUACCGAUUCGAGUGUAUUACUGAAUGUUUUAAAGCCAAAGACACCAGAACAACAUAGUUAUAAAAUUGGAGAAAUGUUGGAAGUAAUAAAUCCAUAUUCAAUGAUGGUAUUUUAUGUUGGUACAAUUGUUAAGAUCUAUGAUAAUCGUUAUUUUAAAGUUGAAGUGGAUAAUGAAAUCGAUAAAGACAAACGUAUCAGUUUUGUUGCUACAAAAGAAAAUCCUUACUUAUUUCAUGCGGGAUGGGCAAGCAAACACAAAUUUUUGYUGAAAACUCCGACUGAUUGGAAUAAACCAUACAAAUUUUCUUGGUCAAAAUAUUUGAUAGAAAAAGAAACAAAAUUUGCUUCUGUAGAUAAUUCAUGCAGAAAAAAGUUUAACAACGUUCAUAUAGGUAUGAAACUUGAAGCUGUUGAUCCUUUGAAUACUGAUUGUAUACGUGUGGCUACAGUAAAAGGAUUUGCUGACCAUUGGAUGUUUUUGUCUUUUGACCGUACGAGUUGUCGUCAAGAAUUACUUCAUUUACGCUCAGUUUAUUCAGAUGAAGUUUUUCCAGUUGGUUGGUGUAAUAAACACAAUUAUUCUUUGGGUGUCCCAAAGUUUCCAUACAAUGACUUGAAAGAUUUUGAACAGUGUUAUUAUUCAUCAGAUGUUGAUAUUGAUUUAAGUCAAACAGACCAAGACAAUUUAACAAAAUAUCCUGAUUAUUUAAAAGGAGAAAUCUUCUAUCACUUUAGCAAAAAAGAUAAAAUAAGUUUCGAUGAUGGUUUUGAAGAAUUAGAAGUAGAACAUCAUGAGAAUGAUAUAAAAACUGAAGAUUCUGAUUUUGAUUUUAUUGAUUAUGUACCUACAACUUCAGAAAUAGAGAUUAAACAAGAUAGUGAUGAUGAAGGUUCUUCAAAUAGAUAUAAAAAUGUUAUUCAUAUUAGGAAAAAGAAAGAAAAUGUUACAAACAAUCCUUCGGUUAUGUUUUCUAAAAAUAGCUAUAAAAUGUGUAUUUAUUUCAACAAAGAUUGUUAUCCUGGAGGACAUGUAGUAAAAAAGAAAAUUCCAAAAUUACCAGAUACUAUUGGUCCCGGUCCCGUGUCCACAAUAUUACGGGAAGCAAUAUCAUUGUUUGUUGAUUUAGAUUAUUUUCCUUGGAACGCAUUGAAAAAAAUUAAAAAAAUUCAAAAUAUGUUAUUCAAUGGACCUGGUGGUAUUGAAAUGGGGAUUACCACUUGUGCAACAAGAACUCGUUGUAGUUACACAGAAUCUCUACUUCUUCCUGAAUCAAAAAAGAUGGCUAAAACAUAUUGUUCUGCUCUGUGUAAUCUAUCUGGCAUGUGUGAAUUCUUCAUGACUACUGAAGACACGAAGUGUCCUCAUGGUUGUAACUCAAAAGAAGACAUUCCGUCAUUUAAACAUAAAACGAAUACUGUAACCAAGAGUGUGAAAUCAAAAAAAAAACAUUGUCGAAUUGAUGGUACAUUAAAAUCUAAUAAUGUUGGACGCCGUAAAAUAACACACUCAGAAAUUGCUAGAGUUGCUAGMAAAGUAUUAGAUUGGUCAAAUAAACCUUUAGUUGCAAAGUAUAAGCAUUAUAUGGGAAGUAUAUUAGACUUAGAAGCACACAUAUUUCGACUAAACCAGUGUCCUACUGAACUGGAGUCAUCACUUGUAACUGAAAUUAUAGCAAAAAAAAAUAAUCUUAAGAGGAUGGAUAGUAUGGAAGUUUUCAGCAAUACUAAAUCUGAUGUUGAAACUAUAGAAGAAAAACAAUUUAUUGUUUUGGGGGAUUGGAAAACAACUUUUGAAAACUAUUAUCGUCAAAAUCCAAGAUUUAAGAAGUAUAAAAUUGAUAUAGGACAAAUUGAWCAUAUUAAGAUCACAUCAAAUCCAAAAUAUUGGUCUGCUGAGGACGUUUAUAAAUAUUUGACGAAUGAUUUGUUUUGUAAGGACGUUGGUCUGAAAUUAUUUGCUGGGGAAGUUGAUGGUAUAGCGUUUAUGCUAUUAAAUGAAGAACAACUUUUAUUACGAUUACGAUGUACAAUAAAUUUAGCCAUAAGAAUCAUGUGCCAUGUAGCUGAGGUGAAAUAUGUUUGUUUAACAAAGUAUUGUAAUGUACAAGAUGAAUAAAUAUUCUACAACAUUUUCUAGUUAUGUAUUUUUUAUUUUGCUAAGAAAGAAAAUGUAGUUUAUCUGGAUUAAGACUUAUUGACAAGAUUAUGGAUGUUUUUUUUAGUCAUUUGUAGGUAUAUUUAAUAAUCAUGUUUUUUAUUGUAUUUUUUUUUUUUUUAUUAAUUGUUAUUUUGUACUCAUUUAGUUAGUUUUGUUUAAAGGUAUACAACUAUAGACAUAUGUUUUUAAUAGUAUUGAAUUUAAUCAACCCUUUCUAUACAAAUACUAAUAUUGUAAUGUCUCAAUGCUAGUGUUGUAAAAUGCUAUAAG